CAAUCAGGGAACCCAAAGAAGACAAUAUAAAACAUACUCAAGUUUGAUAGCUUAUCACUCUAUAACUCUGCAUCUUUUUCCCAGGCCAGGUCCACAAGAAAUAACACAUUUAUACUGCAUGCAAAACAAAUGCAUUUUAUGGAGCUUUUUUCGGGUUAAUUGCAAAUAUUCCGACAUUCCGUAAAUGCAGCAGCGCCCCCAAAUUGCCACUCACUCUGCAGGAGUGGGGCUGAGAGCUGUGCAUCCCUCUCCUCCAGUGGGUGGGCGUAUUUUCUUCUGUCCUCCACAGCUCCGUGUCCCCGCUCUGUCCGGACACUCUGAUCUGGACACACGGACACUCGGAGACGCUGCGCGCUGGAAAUAAUGUCCCAUUUAUCUGUUUGAGUUUUACUGGAGAAGGACUUCAAGAUGCUGCUGCUGCUGCUGACUCUACUGACCUGCUGCAGCCUGAGUGUGCUGGGGCAACUGGAGGAAUCCCAGUUCGGAGAUGACUUUGAUUUCGACCUCGCAGACUUUGAAUUAGACAUUGCGCCACGCAGGGUCCCACGGCAGGUGAAAACUAUGCUGACAAAGGAGACUAAACCCCACAUCCAGGAGCUCUCCAUCAAGACCACCAUCAUCUCCCGCUACGCCUUCACGGCGGUGUACUGCGCCAUGCUCAACCGGCACUCCGCCGCCGCUGACGGCGUCUUCCAGUUUCAGAUCCCCGCCGGAGCUUACGUCUCCAACUUCACCAUGAUCAUUGGCGGGCGUGUCUACCAGAGCGAGGUCAGGCCGAAGGAAAAGAGGGUCAAGCAGGAGAGCGGCAGAGCCAGGAACAAAGAGUCAGGUGAUGCAAGUCCCGAGCCGGAGGUGGAGGUGUUCCGCAUGGCGGCCAGCAUCCCGGGUCGUAACCGUGCCAUCUUCCUUCUGACCUACGAGGAGCUUCUGCAGCGGCGCCUGGGACGCUACGAGCACGUAACCAGCCUGCGGCCGCUGCAGUUGGUGAGCCGCCUCAGCCUGGACGUCACCAUCGUCGACCACUCGCCCGUCACCGACCUGCAGGUUCUGCCGCUCAACAAAGGCAGGAGCACCAACGCUGCAACUGGGCCCAAUGCACCCAAAACACCAGCCAAGACCGAGCCGCCCGUCACCACGGUGAUCAAAAAAGAAAAGAACGUCUGCAGGAUCACCUUCAGCCCAAACAUCGUCCAGCAGGCCAAGAUCACCACCAACGGCAUCCUGGGAGACUUCGUGAUCCGCUACGACGUGCAGAGAGACAUGGGCAUCGGAGACAUCCAGGUUUUAAACGGCCAUUUCGUCCACUACUUUGCCCCCAAAGACCUGCCCGUUGUGCCCAAGAACGUGGUGUUUGUGAUCGACACCAGCGCCUCCAUGUUGGGGACGAAGAUCAGACAGACUAAAGACGCUCUGUUCACCAUUCUGAAAGAUCUGCGACCCGGCGAUCGCUUCAAUUUCAUCAGUUUCUCCAACAGGAUCAAAGUCUGGCAGCCCAAUCGUCUCGUAGCAGUGACACCCAAUAACGUCAGAGACGCCAAGAAGUUUAUCUACAUGCUAGGACCCACUGGAGGUACAAAUAUUGACGGUGCCAUCCAGACCGGCUCCUCUCUGCUUCGUGAUUACCUCCAGAGUCCCGAAGCCAGCCCAAACAGCGUCUCCCUCAUCAUCUUCUUGACGGACGGUCGGCCCACGGUCGGGGAGGUCCAGCCCACUGCCAUCUUGGGGAACACUCGCUCGGCCGUGCAGGAGAAGUUCUGCAUCUUCACCAUCGGGCUGGGGAACGAUGUGGAUUACCGGCUGCUGGAGCGCAUGGCUCUGGAAAACUGCGGGAUGAUGAGACGCAUCCACGAGGACGCCGACGCCAGCGCCAUGCUCAAAGGGUUCUAUGAUGAGAUAGGAACUCCUCUGCUGUCUGACAUCAGGAUCAACUACACCGAGGACUCGGUCCAGUACGUCACUCAGCAUCUCUUCACCAACUACUUCAACGGCUCCGAGAUCGUGAUCGCCGGCAAGCUGACCAACCGCAGCGCCGAAUCCCUCCGCGUCCAGGUCACUGCCAGCAACAACGACAGGAGCAUCGUCCUGGAGACGGACGUCCCUCUGCGGCACCGAGAGAUGGAGACUGAAAAACACGUGAGAGCGGCCACGGCAGCCAUGGAGAACGGGGCCAAGACUCCGGGGUCGGCGGUGGCGCAGGGGUUAGGAGCCGCUUUGGGUUUGAUAGCGGAGGACUUUGUGGAACACGUUUGGGGUUUCCUGAGCGUCAAAGACGGGCUUCGGUCGCGGCUCCGCAGCAAAACCAGCAGCGAGAGGGAGGGCCACAUCCAGCAGGUCACCAACGUGUCUCUGACCUACAACUUCCUCACGCCGCUCACCAACCUGGUGGUGGAGAAGCCCGAGGUGCUGGCCGACGGCACCAUGGCCCCGGCACCCACCACGCCCCCAUCAGGUGGCGACGCCAACGAGCUGCCGGCUGACGCAGACGACGGGAAGCCACAGAAACCAGACGGGAAGCCAGGCAGCCAGACUUCAUCUACGAACAACAGGAUUGGUAAAGUUGAGAGAAGACCCGCCAAGAAGUCCAUCACCUUCUCCAAAACAUCAGCGGAUGGUGACCCCCACUUUGUGGUGGAGUUCCCGCUCAGUAAACUGACCGUGUGCUUCAACAUCAACGGGGAGCCCGGACACGUCCUGCGCCUGGUGUCUGACCACAAGCACUCCGGUGUGACGGUGAACGGGAAGCUGAUCGGCGCCCCGGCUCCACCAGGCAGCCACAAGCAGCAGCGCACCUACUUCAGCACCAUCACCAUCGUGGUGGACCGGCCGCGGCGCGCCUACAUCGAGGUGACGCCUAAGAAAGUGAUCCUGGACGGGCGGGACCGGAUGGUGCUGCCCUGCCACUCCACGGUGUCGGUGGACAGCGGCGCCCUGUCCGUGUCCAUCGUGGGCAAGAGCAACGUGACGGUGACGGUCGGAGGAAACAUCGUGUUUGUGAUCCUGCUGCACCAGUACAAGAACCCAGCCCCCUACCAGAGAGACCACCUGGGCUUCUACAUCGGGGACAGCAAGGGGCUGUCGCAACACUGCCACGGCCUGCUGGGUCAGUUCCUGUACGAGGAGGUGGGCCUGGCCGAGCUUCCUGCAGAGUCCGACUCGAAGCCGUCGACCGUCCUGAAGGUGAAGGAUCGUUCGGUGCCGGUGGUGCAGAAGAGCCGGAGGAUCUACAGCGGGACGCAGAGCGUGGACUGCUGGUUCGCCCGCAACAACGCGGCCAAGCUGAUCGACGGACAUUACGAGGACUAUUUGAUGUCGCACAUGUUCGACACGGGGGACUGGCCGCACGCCACCAACAGGGUGUGACGCCACCAGCUGCAGCUUUAAAAACCUCCACUAACUUUACUCUGUAUCCAUAUUACCUCCCAGCAGAACCCAAAUGUUCCCAAAUGCUUCAGUCAUCUUUCAGCCGUUUUUGAAUAUAUUUUUGUACUAUUUCUAAUGAAAAUUAAAUGUUUUUAUUAUAUUAUGUGUAUUAUUUUUUACAAUAAUUUUGUAAUUGUAAAUAAAACCCUUAAACCCACAUUUUGAGGUUGUUUUAUGAGACGUAAAACACAAUUUACUAAAUUUAUUUAUUUACCUUUUUAUUUAUAUGACCUUAUAUUAUGGAGAUGAUUAUAGUCAUAAUAGUAUUAUCAUAAUAAUAUUAGUUUGUACUUAAGUUCCUUUCAUAAUCGUAUUUAACAUUAGACUAAUAAAUAUGUAGUGUAUGUAAAUAAGUAUGCACAUAUAAAAACAGAAACGAAGACUAAGAGAAAAUAAACAAGAUGAUAAUAAUUAGGAGAAAAAAUA